AUGGCACCGAUUCUGGAUAAGCGUGCGCCUGGUUUAAUCUUGUUUUUCUGGAGCUACUGCGUCCUGGCGGAUACAGCUUUCACGAACUUUACACUGGACAAUGAGUUCCACUCCAGUUUCAUCCACCGUCGAUUGAAGAGCCAGGAGCGCAGAGAGAUGCAGCGGGAGAUCCUGUCGAUCUUGGGGUUGCCGCACCGGCCGCGACCCAACCUUCACGGAAAGCAUAAUGCUGCCCCGAUGUUCAUGUUGGACUUGUAUAACGCCAUGUCCACAGAGGGAGACGAGGACAGAUACUCCUACCCUUACAAGCCCGUAUUCACCACACAGGGUCCGCCGAUCGCCAGCUUGCAAGACAACAACUUCUUAAACGAUGCAGACAUGGUCAUGAGCUUCGUAAAUUUGGUGGAGCACGAUAAAGAAUUCCUACCAGUGCGGCGACAUCAUCGAGAGUUCAGAUUCGACUUGUCACGAAUCCCAGAGGGUGAGGCGGUCACCGCUGCUGAGUUUCGCAUAUAUAAAGACUUCAUUCAUGAGCGUUACGAUAAUGAGACCUUCCGUAUCAGCGUCUACCAGGUGUUAGAGGAACACUCUGACAGGGAAUCCGACCUGUUUCUGCUGGACACCAGGGUGAUCUGGGCUGCAGAGGAGGGGUGGUUGGUGUUUGAUGUGACGGCCACGAGUAACCACUGGGUCCUGAAUCCCGGCAGAAACCUGGGUCUUCAGCUGGCUCUGGAGAGCACAAAUGGAGACAGUGUCAAUCCUCGUGUGGCCGGGCUGAUUGGUCGCAGUGGGCCUCAGAAUAAACAGCCCUUCAUGGUGGCCUUUUUCAAAGCCACCGAGGUGCACCUGCGCAGCAUCCGCUCGGCAUCCGGAGGAGCCAAACAACGCAACCCAAACAGAUCCAGGGGUGCAAAGAACCAAGAGGCCCUCAGAAUGGCCAAUGUUGCAGAAAACAGCAGCACUGAUCAGAAGCAGGCGUGUAAGAAGCACGAGCUCUAUGUCAGUUUCCGAGACCUGGGAUGGCAGGACUGGAUCAUCGCUCCAGAAGGAUAUGCAGCAUAUUACUGUGAGGGAGAGUGUGCCUUCCCACUGAACUCCUACAUGAACGCCACAAACCACGCCAUUGUGCAAACCCUUGUUCAUUUCACUAAUCCAGACACAGUGCCUAAACCGUGUUGUGCCCCCACGCAGCUCCAUGCUAUCUCUGUGCUCUACUUUGAUGACAGCUCCAAUGUGAUCCUCAAAAAAUACCGCAACAUGGUGGUCCGUGCCUGUGGCUGCCACUAG